AUGUCGAGAGGAAACGAACAACAACAACAACACGAAGACCACCGAUCAAUGCUAACGAGAAUACAAAGGGAGGAAGGAAAAGGAAACCAAUUAUGCGCGGACUGCCCGACCGGGAACCCGGACUGGGCCUCCGUGUCCAACGGAUUGUGGCUCUGCUUGGGGUGUUCGGGCAUACACAGGAGCUUAGGCGUGCACGUGUCGUUCGUGCGGUCGAUCACGAUGGACAGUUGGAACGCGAAACAGGUAUCUCUGAUGAAACACGGGGGGAACGAAAACAUGAACGCGUAUUUGCGGAAGAAAGGGAACAUAGGGAAACACACGCCGGCGAGAGAGAAGUACAAUUCGAAAUGGGCGGAGAAGUAUCGCGAGAAGUUGAAGGAGAAAGCGGAAGGGAGAGGCGGCGGCCUCGACGGGGAAGAGAAAAAGAAGAAGAAGAGUAAGAAGAAGAAGAGUAAGGAGAAGAAGAAGAAGAAGAAGAGCGAAGAGAGCAGCAGCGGCGAAAGCGAAAGCGAGAGCGAGAGCGGAUCGGAGUCGGAGUCGGAAUCGGAAUCGGAAGAAGAGGAAAACGUGAUGUUUCCGAGCGCGUACGGGAACUCGAAUUUUACCAAGAAGAAGACGAAGACGAAGACGAAAGAGAAGAAGAAAGUGGUGAAGAUGGAGUUGCCAAAAUAUAACGCGCCGGUGGUGAUGACGACGACGACGACGGCGACGACAUCGGCGGUGAAUUCUAUGUUUGCAAACACGACGAGCAGCGGCAAGCCGAGUUUGCUGGCGACCGGUAGCGGCGGCGCGACGAAAAAGAAGAAUCAACGCAAGAAGGAUUACGACGAGGAGGAGGAAGAGGACGGGUGGAAACCGCCGCCGCCGCCAAAACCUCGAGGGUUUUGCGAAGGGAAGUUUUUAGGCGGCAUAUCCGCCGAAGAAUGGGUGAAACAUUUGAAAACUACCCCGGACGUGCAGGAUCGGACGUACCAUUUAAAAAAUAUGACCGCGGAGGAACGCGCCGUGGUGGUCGCGGCUAUGAGUGGUGGCGGGAUGGGCGCCGCGAUGGCCGCGCACGUGGAUGUUGUGAAAAAAAAGAAGCAAUCGUCAGCAACGUUGGCAACGUUUGAUCCGUUUGCAAAACCAGACGACGAAAAGGCGUUGAGUAGUAGCAAUGACGACGAGGAGAGUAGCGACGAGGACGAAUCAGAGGACGCGAGCAGCGACAGCGACGGGGGCGGAGGUAGUAGCAGUAGCGGCGGAAAUAGUAGUAGCGUAGAGGAUAUCGAAAACAGUUCGGACGAAGACGACGACGAGUUUGCCUCGAGACGUUUGAGCAAGAAGAUUGGCAAGGGCGAUGACGACGACGAGGAGGAUGAAGAAAUCGGAUGGAAAAUCUCCGCGGAUACCGUAGAAAAGAACAAAUCGAUUAAACACAAGAAAGCAAUCAAGGAAGUAAAAGCGCCGAUAGAACCUAAGAAAAAGGAGAAGAAGAAAGAGAAGAAAGAGAAGAAAGAGAAGAAAGAGAAGAAAGAGAAGAAAGAGAAGAAGAAGAAAACGACCGAGAAAUCCUUAGAGGAGGAGCUGGAAGAACGCAUGCGUAAAGCGGCGGAAUCGGCGAGGGCGGAAGCGCAAGCCAGAAUCGCCAUGAACAACGGGUUUCAAGACACGGCGUCGGUGUACGCGGCGCCGACGAGUGUAAAGAAAGGGAAAAAGUCAUCAACUGUGCAACCAGAUUAUAACGAACUUUUCCCGUCUGGAGGUGGUGGCGGCGGGGGUUACGGCAACGGCAUGUCGAGCUCAAAACAAUACGAUGGGUUUGGCUCGCAACCGUACUAUCCCGCGCCUGCGCAAGGCGUGAGUUUGAACACCGCCGUGGCGAAAGCGAACGAAGCCGCGAACAAAGCGAAAGGCUGGUUGAGCGGGAAACUCGCGGGUUGGAGCGAUAGUUUGAACGGACAACAGGGCAUUGAUCAACGACCGGGUAGUGGUGCAACGAAUACGACAAAUAGCGCGAACCCGGGCCAAUCGUUCCAGCACCACCCACCCGCGCCGAGCGGCUGGGGAGGCGGCCCCAUCAAUUCUGGACAACCAGAUUUGAGAAAGUAUGGCAAUCAUCAAACGGACGAUCGAUUCUGGAACGACGUGGCGCCAGAAAAAGUCAAAUCGAAAAAGAAGAAAAGUAAAAGCAAGAAAACCGAGGACGAAUUCGCGAAUAGCGUCAACGGGCUGGCCGACGCGUUCGGCGGCCAAGCGAACAUCGACGAUUGGUACGAUUAG